GCGCCAGCGCUCUCCCCGGAUCGUGCGGGGCCUGAGCCUCUCCGCCGGCGCAGGCUCCGCUCGCGCCAGCUCGCUCCCGCCGCCAUGUCUGCCACCGUCGAGCGGGAGUUUGAGGAGUUGGAUGCUCAGAAUCGCUGGCAUGAACUGUACUUGGAAAUUCGCAAUGAGUCCCAUGACUAUCCUCAUAGAGUGGCCAAGUUUCCAGAAAACAGAAAUCGAAACAGAUACAGAGAUGUAAGCCCAUAUGAUCACAGUCGUGUUAAGCUGCAAAAUGCUGAAAAUGAUUAUAUAAAUGCCAGUUUAGUUGAUAUAGAAGAGGCGCAAAGGAGUUACAUCUUAACACAGGGCCCGCUUCCUAAUACAGGUUGCCAUUUCUGGCUCAUGGUUUGGCAGCAAAAAACCAAAGCAGUUGUCAUGCUAAACCGAGUUGUGGAGAAGGAAUCGGUUAAAUGUGCACAGUACUGGCCAACAAAAGAUGAUCGAGAGAUGCUGUUUAAAGAAACAGGAUUCAGUGUGAAGUUUUUGUCAGAAGAUGUGAAGUCAUAUUAUACAGUACAUCUACUGCAGUUAGAAAAUAUCAAUAGUGGUGAAACCAGAACAAUAUCUCACUUUCAUUAUACUACCUGGCCAGAUUUUGGAGUCCCUGAAUCACCAGCUUCAUUUCUCAAUUUCUUAUUUAAAGUGAGAGAGUCUGGUUCCUUGAAUCCUGAACACGGGCCUGCAGUGAUCCACUGUAGUGCAGGCAUUGGGCGGUCAGGCACCUUUUCUCUAGUAGAUACCUGUCUUGUUCUGAUGGAAAAAGGAGAUGAUAUUAACAUUAAACAGCUGUUACUGAAUAUGAGGAAAUAUCGAAUGGGACUUAUUCAGACACCAGAUCAACUCAGAUUUUCAUAUAUGACUAUAAUAGAAGGAGGAAAAUUUAUAAAGGGAGAUUCAAAUAUACAGAAACGGUGGAAAGAACUUUCUAAGGAAGACUUAUGCCCUGCUUUUGAUCAUUCACCAACCAAAAUAAUGACUGAAAAAUACAAUGGUAAUAGGAUAGGCCUAGAAGAAGAAAAACUGACGGGUGACAGAUAUACAGGACUAUCCUCUAAAAUGCAGGAUACUACGGAAGAGAACAGCGAAAGCGUUCUACGGAAACGAAUUAGAGAGGACAGAAAAGCUAACACAGCUCAGAAGGUGCAGCAGAUGAAACAGAGGCUAAAUGAGACUGAACGAAAAAGGAAAAGGUGGUUAUAUUGGCAACCUAUUCUCACUAAGAUGGGGUUUGUGUCAUUCAUUUUGGUGGGUGCUUUUGUUGGCUGGACACUGUUGUUUCAGCAGAAUGUCCUAUAAAUAAACAGUUCUGCCCAGCAAGCUGCUGGUCUAGUAGCUGACAGUGUUGCGUUAGUCACAGGGUUUGUCUGUUAGCAAAUUCCUCGCACCCCAGAAAGUGCGGUAGAAUAGACACCAACCAGAUAAGUGAUAUAUUCAGUCCCCAGCCCAACAUCUCAGGGCACUGUCCCCAAACUGUAAACAGCUAUCUGAAAUAAAAACUUGAAUGCUUGUUGAAAACUGGUACAUUUUGCAACUGUGUUCAUACAUGUUAAGCAUACUGUUUCACCUGACCAGAUUGAGAAGUCCUUUACCAUAAGGAUUGGUUUUUGGAGGCCAGCUGGAUUUUAACCUGCACUUGAUACAGCAAUAAAUACUGUGGUUUUAUCUACAUUAUUACUGGAAAGAAAAUGACCUUUAAAUAAUGCGUGUAAUGUAUAAUGUACUGUUGACAUGGGCAUUGACAUUUUAUAUUCUUAGCCAUUUCAGGGUAAAUAUAUUUUAUAAGUAUCUAUUUAAUCUUACUUUUGUAGUUAAAUGUACUUUUUAAAAACUCAAUUUGAAAAAUCUGUUACCAUAAAAAAAUAAAUUGUGU